UCCGAGCAUGCGCAGCGCGGACCCGCGUCAUGGCGGACGGCGGUCGUGAGGUUCAGGCUCGAGCGCUCUUGCAGCAGUGCCUGCACGCUCGCCUGCAAGUGCGCCCGGCCGAUGGAGACGCGGAGGCGCAGUGGGUGGAGAUUCGGAGAGGAUUGGUGAUCUAUGUGUGUUUCUUCAAGGGAGCUGACACAGAACUUCUUCCCAAAAUGGUCAAUACGCUGUUAAACGUGAAGUUAAGUGAAACGGAAACCGGCAAGCACGUCUCCAUCUUGGAUCUGCCUGGCGACAUUCUGAUCAUCCCCCAGGCCACCCUCGGGGGCAGGGUGAAAGGACGCAGUAUGCAAUACCACUCAAACUCUGGGAAGGAGGAGGGCUUAGAGCUGUACUCCCAGUUUGUGUGUCUGUGUGAAAAAGCCGUGGCCAACAACAGCAAGUGCCUGGAAGCGGGGGUUGCAGUGGCGCACGGCACGUACGGGAACAGGCAAGUGUUAAAGCUGGACACCAAUGGACCAUACACGCACCUCAUUGAGUUUUGAAAAAUUCCGUCCCACCCCGCUUCCUGUACAAAACGACCUGGUCUGUAGUUAGGUUUUUUGUUUCGUUUUGUAUUUGUUUUUGUUUUUGUUUUUGUUUUUUUUCUCCCUCCGUUCAUCUUGAAGACACAGAUCUGCAACAUAUUUAGGCAAGAAAAUCCUUGCUCCAACCUUGGCAUAGUGCCACAUUCCUUUAAUUCCAGGGCUCGGGAGGCAGAGGCAAGCAGAUUUCUGUGAGUCGGAGGUCAGCCUGGUCUAUAUGUCCUAGGACAGCCAGGACUACACAGAGAAACUCUGUCUCCUAAAACAAAAAGUUAAAUAUUUAUGCUGGGCAUAGUGGUGCAUGUGCCUUUAAUUCCAGCACGCCAGAGGCAGAGGCUGGAGGGUCUCUGUGAGUUCAAGGUCAGCCUGGACUUCAUUGUAAGUUCUGGGGUAGGCAGAGCUAUAUGUGAGACCUGUCUUGAAAAAACAAAAAACUAAUAAAUAUUAAAAAUUUAAGAUACUUUUUAGAGUGAAAAGUAAAUGACUGGAAUUAGACAUCUGAGGGAGCUGCUGGAGUCUUCCUGGUGUCCUAGACUUUCUUAGCCUGUGUUUUGAUGCUUUAGAUUCCUAUUGCUCGUACACCCCAAAGUCCACCCCCCCACUUUCAUAGCUUUUCUACUGUUCUAUUUUGAAACUUAAGAAUCGAUAACUUGAGCUCAUUGUCCUUAGCUUUUGUUUUAUUGAUUCACAAUACAGUUGUUGAAAUGUAAUAAACUAUUCAUAAGCUUAGAAACUCCAAUUUUUCCUAAAGCUUCUCCAAGGACAUGUGUAUGUCUUUCAAAAGAGAUUGCAUUACUUACUUUAAAUCAUUUUGAUUUUAUGCCUAGGUAAAAUGCUGACUCACAGCCCUAGAUAGAGUUCAAGUGAUUCUCCUUACAAAAAUUGCCUGAGAUACUUGUGGAGAAUAGCACUUCAAGUGCAGGCGAGGUUGUUAAUUAGAAAAAAUGGCAGACAGGGAAUAAACAAGAACAAGAGAGGACUUGGAGGAAGUGGCAUCAGUUAGCUGUCAGCGUGCACACUUUACCUUCACAGCACUGCAGAAAGAAAGACAUUUUCUGCAAGUCAUCCAAUACUCCAGAAUCGUCUCUGUCCUCUACCAUUUAUAGGAAGGCUUGUUGAAAUUAACCUUGAUGAAGGCUUUGCUUCUCUCCUUGAUAGCUAAUUGGUUCACUUACUAAAUUAGGCACAAGCAGAAUUACCCCUAACUUGGAUGCCUUCAGCCAGUUUUUCUAAGAUUUUUAGAAUGUUUCAAACAAUAUACUUCCUAGCUAUUUUUAA